GCUCCUAUAUAAAUACCCCAACCUAGAGAUUCCCAGUCUAGAAUUUCAAAUCAGAAGACCCAGUCAACAGGACCAUUUAAUAUCUGUACAUCACUGACAAUGGCCGUUUGCGUCAAAGUGCCUUUGCACUUUUUUGCUUCCCUUGUUCUUAUUUCUUCAGUGCUAAACAUAUGGAGAGGCACUGAAGGCUGGUCAUACAAUUCCUCCAACUACAAAAUGAACUGGGAACAUGCCAGACAGUGGUGCAGGGAGAAAUAUACUGACAUGGUGGCCAUCCAGAACAAAGGGGAGAUUUCUCACCUCAACAACAUUUUUCCAAAAGUUGAUGGAUAUUACUGGAUUGGCAUUCGUAAAAUUGAUGACAGGUGGACCUGGGUGGGAACUAACAAGACACUUAACAAGGAAGCUGAGAACUGGGCAGAUAAGGAGCCCAAUAACGGAAGGAAUAAUGAAGACUGUGUUGAAAUAUAUAUUAAAAGAACGAAAGAUGAAGGCAAAUGGAAUGAUGAAUCCUGCUUAAAGAUGAAGACUGCACUGUGCUACACGGCGUCCUGCACGGAUGACUCUUGUGUCAGUGGUCAAGGAGAAUGUGUAGAAACCAUAAACAGUCAUACAUGCUCAUGCUUUAAAGGAUUCUAUGGAGAACGAUGUGAACAUGUUGUAAAAUGCAAACCAAAUGAAGUCACACCAGCAGGUCAUGCUAGUGUCCAGUGCUUUCAUCCCAAAGGAAAUUUCUCAUAUGAGUCUCAGUGUGAAUACUCCUGUGAGGAGGGUUAUGAACUAAAGGGCUCCAGUACAACAAGAUGCACUUCUACAACAGAGUGGUCAAGCAAACCACCAACCUGUGAAUUUGUUCAAUGUCCAGAGCUGAUCAAACCACAGGAAGGUCAAAUGCAGUGUAAUCAUCCGAUGGGCCAAUUCAGCUACCGAUCUACCUGUGAGUUUGUAUGUGAAGGAGGAUAUAAGCUGCGAGACAACAGCUCCUCGACACUGUCCUGUGGAGCAACGGGACAAUGGAAUGAUUCACAACCCACUUGUGAAAUUGUAAAAUGCAAACCGGAGGACGUCACACCACCAGAUCAUGCUAGCGUCCAGUGCUCUGAUCUGACUGAUUUCUCAUAUAACUCUCAGUGUGAAUACUCCUGUGAGGAGGGUUAUGAACUAAAGGGCUCCAGUACAACAAGAUGCACUUCUACAACAGAGUGGUCAAGCAAACCACCAACCUGUGAACUUGUUCAAUGUCCAGAGCUGAUCAAACCACAGGAAGGUCAAAUGCAGUGUAAUCAUCCGAUGGGCCAAUUCAGCUACCGAUCUACCUGUGAGUUUGUUUGUGAAGAAGGAUAUAAACUGCGAGACAACAGCUCCUCAACACUGUCCUGUGGAGCAACGGGACAAUGGAAUGAUUCACAACCCACUUGUGAAAUUGUAAAAUGCAAACCGGGGGACAUCACGCCACCAGAUCAUGCUAGCGUCCAGUGCUCUGAUCCGACUGAUUUCUCAUAUGAGUCUCAGUGUGAAUACUCCUGUGAGGAGGGUUAUGAACUAAAGGGCUCCAGUACAACAAGAUGCACUUCUACAACAGAGUGGACAAGCAAACCACCAACCUGUGAACUUGUUCAAUGUCCAGAACUGAUUGAACCACAGGAAGGUCAAAUGCAGUGUAAUCAUCCGAUGGGCCAAUUCAGCUACCGAUCUACCUGUGAGUUUGUUUGUGAAGGACGAUAUAAACUGCGAGACAACAGCUCCUCGACACUGUCCUGUGGAGCAGCGGGACAAUGGAAUGAUUCACAACCCACUUGUGAAAUUGUAAAAUGCAAACCGGAGGACGUCACGCCACCAGAUCAUGCUAGCGUCCAGUGCUCUGAUCCGACUGAUUUCUCAUAUGAGUCUCAGUGUGAAUACUCUUGUGAGGAGGGUUAUGAACUAAAGGGCUCCAGUACAACAAGAUGCACUUCUACAACAGAGUGGUCAAGCAAACCACCAACCUGUGAACUUGUUCAAUGUCCAGAACUGAUUGAACCACAGGAAGGUCAAAUGCGGUGUAAUCAUCCGAUGGGCCAAUUCAGCUACCGAUCUACCUGUGAGUUUGAAUGUGAAGGAGGAUAUAAGCUGCGAGACAACAGCUCCUCGACACUGUUCUGUAGAGCAACGGGACAAUGGAAUGAUUCACAACCCACUUGUGAAAUUGUAAAAUGCAAACCGGAGGACAUCACGCCACCAGAUCAUGCUAGCGUCCAGUGCUCUGAUCCGACUGAUUUCUCAUAUGAGUCUCAGUGUGAAUACUCCUGUGAGGAGGGUUAUGAACUAAAGGGCUCCAGUACAACAAGAUGCACUUCUACAACAGAGUGGACAAGCAAACCACCAACCUGUGAACUUGUUCAAUGUCCAGAACUGAUUGAACCACAGGAAGGUCAAAUGCAGUGUAAUCAUCCGAUGGGCCAAUUCAGCUACCGAUCUACCUGUGAGUUUGUUUGUGAAGGACGAUAUAAACUGCGAGACAACAGCUCCUCGACACUGUCCUGUGGAGCAGCGGGACAAUGGAAUGAUUCACAACCCACUUGUGAAAUUGUAAAAUGCAAACCGGAGGACGUCACGCCACCAGAUCAUGCUAGCGUCCAGUGCUCUGAUCCGACUGAUUUCUCAUAUGAGUCUCAGUGUGAAUACUCUUGUGAGGAGGGUUAUGAACUAAAGGGCUCCAGUACAACAAGAUGCACUUCUACAACAGAGUGGUCAAGCAAACCACCAACCUGUGAACUUGUUCAAUGUCCAGAACUGAUUGAACCACAGGAAGGUCAAAUGCAGUGUAAUCAUCCGAUGGGCCAAUUCAGCUACCGAUCUACCUGUGAGUUUGAAUGUGAAGGAGGAUAUAAGCUGCGAGACAACAGCUCCUCGACACUGUUCUGUAGAGCAACGGGACAAUGGAAUGAUUCACAACCCACUUGUGAAAUUGUAAAAUGCAAACCGGAGGACAUCACGCCACCAGAUCAUGCUAGCGUCCAGUGCUCUGAUCCGACUGAUUUCUCAUAUGAGUCUCAGUGUGAAUACUCCUGUGAGGAGGGUUAUGAACUAAAGGGCUCCAGUACAACAAGAUGCACUUCUACAACAGAGUGGACAAGCAAACCACCAACCUGUGAACUUGUUCAAUGUCCAGAACUGAUUGAACCACAGGAAGGUCAAAUGCAGUGUAAUCAUCCGAUGGGCCAAUUCAGCUACCGAUCUACCUGUGAGUUUGUUUGUGAAGGACGAUAUAAACUGCGAGACAACAGCUCCUCGACACUGUCCUGUGGAGCAGCGGGACAAUGGAAUGAUUCACAACCCACUUGUGAAAUUGUAAAAUGCAAACCGGAGGACGUCACGCCACCAGAUCAUGCUAGCGUCCAGUGCUCUGAUCCGACUGAUUUCUCAUAUGAGUCUCAGUGUGAAUACUCCUGUGAGGAGGGUUAUGAACUAAAGGGCUCCAGUACAACAAGAUGCACUUCUACAACAGAGUGGUCAAGCAAACCACCAACCUGUGAACUUGUUCAAUGUCCAGAGCUGAUCAAACCACAGGAAGGUCAAAUGCGGUGUAAUCAUCCAAUGGGCCAAUUCAGCUACCGAUCUACCUGUGAAUUUGUUUGUGAAGGAGGAUAUAAACUGCGAGACAACAGCUCCUCGACACUGUUCUGUGGAGCAACGGGACAAUGGAAUGAUUCACAACCCACUUGUGAAAUUCAUCACUGCCCAGCCCUUGACAGCCCUGUCAAUGGAGAGCUGAGCUGUACUUUAAGCUUUAGUUAUGGGAGCAAAUGCAGCUUCAGUUGUGUAGAAGGAUUCCUCCUUCAGGGGGCUUCAGAGAUCAGCUGUACAAAAACGGCAGAGUGGAGUCAUGAACCACCUCACUGUGAAGCAGUGGUCUGUCCACGACUUUCUGAGCCAAUCAAUGGGCAUAUGAACUGCUCAUCUGAGGAACCCACCUUCGGCACUGUCUGCACCUUCGGUUGUCUUGACGGCCACCAACUUAUCAGGAAUGAGAUAAUGACGUGCAACCUCAAUGGGAGCUGGUCAGGGGAAGUGCCAUUGUGUCAAGCUGAUCCUCAUCCUUCUGCAUCACUUAUCAAAGCAACAGAAGUGACUCUUGGGGUUGCUGGUAUUAUCGGCAGCUCAAGUAUGUUCUUAGUUUACUGGAUACUGAAGAGACUGGGGAGUAAAUCUAACAAGUUUGACCUAAACAGUACCUCGGAUAUUGAGGAUCCACCACAGAUUUAUAAGAGUGUUGACAGUCUCAUAUAACUACACAUUACACAAGGCAUCUAUCACUGCUGUAUAUCGCUGGACAGACAAAUUCAUGUAAUUUAAUUUCUAAAUGAUUUGACACUUAUGUGAUAAGAUAUUCUUUAUACUCAGUCUGAUGGGCAUUACCAUUUUAUCAGGCAACAGUCCUAAUUGAAUGGGAUUUCUACUUCCCAAUGGAAGCUUUUAUUAUGUACUUGACUGAACAUAUUGUUCUGUACGGUUAAACUAUUUCUUAUGUUAUUAAUGUAUCUUAUUUUUGUACUAUUUAUUUAUUGUUCCAAAACAGUAUUGGUCAAAUUAAACUAUUUAAAAGUCAAA